GGCCCCCCAAAUUUCAUCUAUUGUCCCAUUUAUGCCCUUAGGUGAAUAGGAUAACAAUUCCAAGAAGAUCAUGUUAAACAAGAUAAAGAUUCAACUAAUAAAAAUUUUGUUUGUUUUUACCCUAAGCCUUCUCUAAAAUUAAUUUUUAUUUCCUUAUAUAUUCACACAAUAUAUCUAACCAUAUAAAAAAACAAAUUUUAUAAUAAAACCUAAUAAAAAUUUUGCCUUUGUUUCUUUGCCUUUUCUUUAACCAUCAGUUUCUUCGAUUUGUUGAUCUACUUUGUCUGAAAUGAGAAGCUGUUGAAUCUUUGUUCUUUGAGCUCAUUUGGGUCACUGAUAAGUGGCUCAUGGCUGAAGAAUAUCUAUAGCGAAAUUCAAGAGAGUGUAAAGUUGGGAUUUUUAUGAAAUGGGGUUUUCUUGAAAAAGUGAAAGAAUACAUCAAAUGAUGAAGGCAAAAGUACAAAUCUUGAUAGAAUUUUGUGAAGUGGGGUUUUUUGUUUUUGUGGGUUUUGUUUGAUUUGUUUUUUGUGCAUUUUGUUCACAAUGAAAUGAGUUUUCCUGAAAAAGUGUAAAAAAUCAGAUGGUGAAGUCACAAGUAAAAAAGAUUGAUUAUUUAUAGAAUUUUGUGAAGUGGGGUUCUUGUUUUUUGAGGGGUUUUGUUUGAUUUGUUGUGUGGAUUUGAUUAUGGGUGGGUGUUUUCCUUGCUUUAGAUCAUCAAACAAGGAAAGUGGAAAUGGUGUUAAAGAAGUUGUAAAAAAGGAGUCUUUUAAGGAUGGUUCUGCUGCUCAAUCUAUCCAUUUGAGCAAAGUUAAUUCAGAUAAAUCAAAGUCUCGCGGCAGUCAUGAUCCUAAGAAAGAUCCAGCCAUUCCAAAAGAUGGACCAACAGCACAUAUAGCUGCACAGACGUUCACGUUUCGUGAGCUUGCUGCUGCAACAAAGAAUUUUAGGCCAGAGUGUUUGCUUGGUGAAGGUGGUUUUGGGCGUGUUUACAAAGGUCGGCUGGAAAGUACAGGACAGGUGGUUGCUGUUAAACAGCUUGACCGCAAUGGCCUUCAAGGGAAUAGGGAGUUUCUGGUGGAAGUUCUGAUGCUUAGCCUACUACAUCAUCCGAAUCUCGUCAACCUGAUUGGUUAUUGCGCAGAUGGGGACCAACGCCUCCUUGUUUACGAGUUUAUGCCAUUGGGUUCUCUGGAGGAUCAUUUACAUGAUCUUCCACCUGAUAAAGAACCAUUGGACUGGAAUACAAGGAUGAAGAUUGCAGCUGGUGCAGCGAAGGGUUUAGAAUAUCUGCAUGACAAAGCCAACCCUCCUGUGAUAUAUCGAGACUUAAAAUCUUCCAACAUACUUCUUGAUGAAGGAUACCACCCUAAAUUAUCAGAUUUUGGGCUUGCUAAACUGGGCCCUGUUGGCGACAAGACUCAUGUGUCUACACGUGUGAUGGGCACAUAUGGCUACUGUGCUCCGGAAUAUGCAAUGACCGGUCAACUCACAUUGAAAUCUGAUGUUUACAGUUUUGGGGUCGUCUUCCUUGAGCUGAUUACAGGACGCAAAGCAAUUGAUAACGCACGGUCUCAUGGGGAGCAUAAUCUUGUUGCCUGGGCUCGACCGCUUUUCAAGGAUCGGAGGAAGUUCCCGAAAAUGGCAGAUCCACUAUUGCAAGGCCGUUACCCAAUGCGAGGACUAUACCAAGCACUGGCAGUGGCAGCAAUGUGCUUGCAAGAACAAGCAUCUACCAGACCUUUAAUAGGGGAUGUUGUGACGGCUUUAUCAUAUUUAGCCUCUCAAACUUACGACCCUAAUGCAGUUGGUGCACAAAGUAACCGUGUUGGUUCCUCCACUCCAAGGAGCAGGGAGGAUAGACUGCACUCAUCUGAUGGAGUAAAUAGCCCUGAUGAACAUUGCAGUGCUCACCAUGGUUCUCCUUCCAUCCAGAGGAAUUCUCCUGAUUCCAGGAAAAGAGAUUCUGCAAGGGAUUUUAAUACUGGAAUAGAAUUGAGGAAAAUUGCAACUAGCGGUGGAUCUGGUCGUAAGUGGGGUUUGGAUGAAUCAGAACGUCCGGAUUCUCAAAAAAACAGCCCUGUCAGUGCAGGUAGAACUAGAGAAACCCCAAGGAAUCGUGAUCUAGACAGGGAACGUGCAGUUGCUGAAGCAAAAGUAUGGGGCGAAAAUUGGAGGGACAAAAAGAAGACAAGUGCAAGGGGUAGUAGUUUUGAUGGGAUGAAUGAGUGAUUUGUGCAAUAGCGUAUGUUGCAGGGGUUUCUAGGAAUGUAGGUUUUGGGCGUCAUGAUGCAAAACCUGAGGUACUACAAUUGCAUCAUUAUUACGCCCUUGGUCACCCAUACUGAGAGUUGAAGCAAGAGUCCUUUUAUCCUACUUCCUGUGUUUGCUCAUUGAGGUAAUUAAUUCGUAUUCAAUGUGAACUUAGAUGUUUCAGCUGUUGUAGCGCUUGAAGGAAAAACUGCUAAAAAGAGGGGAAAGCAGCUUGAUGGUGCAAUACAUGGAGCUAGAGUUGGGGGAUAAAUGGGGGGUUUCAUUGUGGCAACAUGUUAAUCAUAUGUGUUAUGGGGUUUCUAGAGUUUAUGACACAGGAGAAGUGGGUAAGGUAUCAAACUUUCGCUUCUUAAUGUGUUCUUUGUAUGGUGGAACUUGGUGGAUAUGGUUUAGGAUGUCCCUUGUAAUUCCAUUCUUACACCUUGUGUUCUGUUGUAGUUCCCAUCUGUAUGGAUUUCAGAGUCUUGCUUUUUGGCUUUUAUAGAAAAGGGGUGUGAGUAUCAUACGGUGUCCGGUGAAAUGAACUACUGUAAUGGAAUUAGCAGCUUUAAGGUUCAAACUGAA